GUAGCUCUUAUCUCCAUUGCGAGUGGGCCACCAUCGAUCAGCUGGAGAAAGAUAAGAGGAUCCAUCAGAAACUGAAGAGAUUUAAGACCAAAAUGACCCAAAUGAGGCAUUUCUUCCACGAGGAUGAAGAGCCCUUCAACCCCGACUACGUUGAGGUCGAUCGGAUCCUGGACGAGUCCCACAGCGUCGAUAAGGACAACGGGGAGCCCGUGGUUUAUUACCUGGUCAAGUGGUGCUCCCUGCCCUACGAGGACAGUACGUGGGAGCUGAAGGAGGACGUGGACGAGGGGAAGAUCGGGGACUUCAAACGAAUCCAAGCACGGAACCCGGAGCUCAAACGGCUG